UGAAUGUUAUGAUCAAGAAAGAGAAAUAGCUUCCUAUUUGUGUGGUCUUUGUGACUUCCACCAUGGAGUACCGUGGCCAGGGCCAGAAGGUGCAGAAGGUGAUGGUGCAGCCCAUCAACCUUAUCUUCAGAUAUUUGCAAAAUAGAUCUCGAAUUCAGGUGUGGCUGUAUGAACAAGUGAAUAUGCAGAUAGAGGGUUGUAUUAUUGGCUUUGAUGAGUACAUGAACCUCGUAUUAGAUGAUGCAGAAGAAAUUCAUUCUAAAACAAAGUCAAGAAAACAACUGGGUCGGAUCAUGCUAAAAGGAGAUAAUAUUACUCUGCUCCAAAGUGUUUCCAACUAGCAGUGGUCAAGCAUGGGAAAGGUUGAGAAGGGGGUUCAGGGGCCUGCUGGUGACUACAUUUACUCAUCCUGUUUCACUUGUACAUUAUCAUUGGGGUAAAAAUAAAUGUGAGCUUGUUUUUGUUACAAUUAAAAAAAAAAA